AUGUGGGAUCAAUUGGAACCAAAUCCUCCACAUAUAACCUAUCUUUUCCUUCCUUUAUUCUUGAUAAUAUAUGCUCUCUUCUCAAACUUUAUCCGCGAUCAUCUUCAUCUCUCAGAGCCUCCUCUCGCCGUCCUAUUCGGCAUCAUUCUUGGCCCAUAUGUACUCAAAGUACUCACCCCAAGGCAAUGGGGAUUCGAUGAUGAAAUUAUGCAAGAAAUCACUCGUGUGAUAGUAGGCAUUCAAUGUUUUGCUGUAGGAAUAGAGCUUCCCAAACACUAUUUCAAAAGACAUUGGAAAUCCGUUCUUUGUCUAUUGGGUCCAGUUAUGACGUUUUCUUGGGCCAUCGCUUCAUUUUUUGCAUGCUUCAUUUUCCAGACAACUGUACCUACAGCUCUGAUUAUAGGGGCUUGUCUCUCGCCAACUGAUCCCAUUCUUGCUAACUCGGUCCUUUCGGAAUCUCGAUUCAGUAAACGAGUUCCUCCACGUAUCCGACAUCUUCUUUCUGCUGAGUCGGCAUGCAAUGAUGGGGUUUCCUUUCCAUUCAUCUAUAUCGGCUUGGUGAUUUUUACCACUCAUGGAGGUCCCGGUGAAGCCAUCAAGGAAUGGAUAACCAUCACGCUGCUGUGGCAAUGUGCACUUGGCAUUAUAACAGGUCUCAUACUCGGAAACAUCGCAAAUCGACUACUAAGGUUUUCCGAUACUCGCGAGUAUAUAUCUAGACCAUCUUUUGUAGUAUUUUAUCUUCUUCUCGCAAUUCUCUCAAUUGGUAUAGGAUCAAUUCUCGGCUCGGACGAUUUCCUAGUCGCUUUCGGCGCCGGUGUUGGUUUCGCGCAUGACGGAUGGUUCUCCAAGAAAACCAAAACAGUAGCUUUUCCAGUCAUUGUAGAUCAUAUCCUCAACUCCACUAUGUUCGUGUACUUUGGUUCUAUUAUCCCUUGGGAUCAAUUUCAACCAUCAACCAUCACCCCAAACAUUAAAUCCUGGACUCUCAUCCUUUUCUUAAUCCUCGUACUCCUUUUCCGCAGAAUCCCAAUCCUUCUCCUUACCAAACCUUUCAUCCCCGAUAUUCGCACGUAUCGCGAAGCUCUCUUUGCGGGCCACUUUGGACCUAUGGGCGUAGGCGCUUUAUUCCUUGCUAUUGAAGCGAGAGCCCAACUCGAAACAGGUACUUCGCUUCCUCUUCCCACGCCAAGGUUUCCUCACGAAUCAGACUCAGUGGACGAGGAUACAAAGGCUAUUUGGAUUAUUUGGCCCGUGGUUUGUUUUGUGGUAUUGGGAAGUACGAUGGUGCAUGGAUUGAGUGUGUUGGGGAUUAGUUUAGGAAGUCAUUUUAUGAGGAAGGAACGGGAGAGAGCACCGUUGUUGGGAGGAGAGACGGAUGGAUUAGAGGGUAUGGUUUAUGAAGGGGGUGGGGGGGAGAGUGAACCAGAGGUUAGUGGGAGUGAAGCUGAAUAG